AUGGAGCAGGAGGAGGCGUGCUCGUAUUACUGCUCCUCCUCGCUGCGGCAGUGCAGGAUUUGCCAUGACGAGGAGGACGAGCGGCGCUCCGCCAUGGAGUCGCCCUGCGCCUGCUCCGGCUCCCUCAAGUAUGCUCACAGGGGAUGCGUGCAGAGAUGGUGCGACGAGAAGGGCAGCACCAUCUGCGAGAUUUGCCUUCAGAACUUUGAGCCUGGCUACACCGUUCCUCCCAAGAAAACCCAACCUGCUGAUGUCGCGGUGACCAUCAGAGACAGCGUGGAGGUGCCCAGGCUGCAGUACGAGCCCGAGGAGGAGGAGCAGGUGGACGCGGCGUUGAUCGGAGCCAGCGAUCCGGAGUACGCGGAGUGCGCCCGCGCCGCCGGCAGGAGCGCGUCCUGGUGCCGCUCCGUGGUCGUCACGUUCACGAUCGUCCUGCUGCUGAGGCACCUGGUCACCGUGGUGACGGUCGGAGCAGCGAACCAGUUCGCCUUCAGCCUCCUCACAGUAUACUUGCUGCGGGCGAGCGGGAUCUUGCUUCCGUUCUACGUUGUCAUGGGGCUCAUCUCCGUGAUCCAGCAGGGACAGAGGCAGUACCGCCUGCAGCUGCUCCAGGAGCAGAGGAGACACGCGUUGAGGUUGGCCCGGCUGCACGGUCAGGAACAGCAGCAGCAGCAUGUCAUCCUGGUUCGCUGA